AUGUCCUUGGAGCUCAUCAGCACACAAUCACUGCUGUCUGCUGUAAGGAUCAACGGGGAUGGCCAGGAAGUCCUGUACCUGGCAGAAGGUGAUAAUGUGAGGCUGGGCUGCCCCUACAUCUUGGACCCUGAGGACUAUGGUCCCAAUGGGCUGGACAUCGAAUGGAUGCAGGUCAACUCGGACCCCUCACAUAGAGAGAAUGUGUUCCUUAGUUACCAGGACAAGAGAAUCAACCAUGGCAACCUCCCCCAUUUGCAACAGAGGGUCCGCUUUGCAGCUGCAGACCCCAGCCAGUAUGAUGCCUCCAUCAACCUCAUGAACCUGCAGGUAUCCGACACAGCCACCUAUGAGUGCCGGGUGAAGAAGACCACCAUGGCCACCCGGAAGGUCAUUGUCACUGUCCAAGCACGCCCUGCAGUCCCCAUGUGCUGGAGUGAAGGCCACAUGACAAAGGGCAAUGAUGUGGUACUGAAAUGCUUCGCCAAUGGGGGUUCCCAGCCGCUCUCCUACAAGUGGGCCAAGAUCAGCGGGCACAUCCACCCCUACCGAGCAGGAUCCUACCACUCCCAGCACAGCUUCCACUCUGAGCUCUCCUACCAGGAGUCCUUCCACAGCUCCUUAAACCAAGGCCUGAGCAAUGGGGACCUGGUGUUGAAGGACAUCUCCAGCGCAGAUAAUGGGCUGUAUCAGUGUACAGUGGCCAAUCACGUAGGCUACAGUGUUUGCGUCGUGGAGGUGAAGGUGUCAGACUCCAAGCGUGUGGGCAUGAUCAUCGGCGCCGUGUUGGGCUCUCUUCUUCUGCUAGCCUGCCUGGGCAUAGGCAUCUGGGGGCUCGUCCUCUGCUGCUGCGGGGGCCCCGGGUCUGGCGGCGCCCGCGGUGCCUUCGGUUACGAGGAGGCAACUCUGCCAAGUCUCAGGAAGGGCGCAGGGCACCGGGAUGGGGCUGCCUGCCGCGCGGCCCAGACACGCGUGGAGAAGCCGCGUCUGGAGGAAGGGUCGGCGGCCAGGACGGUGCAGAGAGGAGCGGAGGUCGCAGCUGAGGGAGAGAGAUGA